AUGAAAAGGGCUUUAAGCUUACCAAUGAACAAACAAUCUUCCUAUCGAUUGGAAGAAUUAUAUUCGAGUUUUUUCCAAAUAGCCCAUAUCGAUAAAAUAAAUUAUCAUCAAUAUGUCUUUGGUAAACACGAUGAAAAAUUAAUUAUUGAUCUAGAGUUUAAAUUAAGAAAAUCCCACCCAACUGUUCUAGUGGCAAUUUUUUCUAGAGAACUAUGGUGUUUUAGUUUAAAUGAUUCAAAACUUGAAUCUCCUCAACUUGAUUCAGAAACAUUCAAUAAUCAUUUGGAAUUCGAUAAAAAUGGCCAUUUCGAUGCAAAUUAUUCCAAACCAAAUUUACCGAUAUAUUAUGCAAUCUUCUUAAAGGCGUUGCGAAAGACAAUCUACAUUAACAUUACAAUCAAUUCUAAUAACACUCUGAUUCCCUUUGCAAAUACUAUGAUUUCAAUAAGGGAAACUCGCCACCACGAUUCUUCAAAUUUGUUUCAAAUCUCGCCUCAUUUGUUUGAAAACGGUCAAUUGACAUUACUAUUGUCAAUAAUACAGUUAGACCUCAUACCAUUGAAACUCGAUCACAUUAACAAUGAAUUUUUUUGUAAAAACAAUGCGCUUUAUUUUGCUCCUUCAGGUAUUAGAAUGUCCUUAUUCUCCCCUAAUGCAAAUGCAAUGACAAAACCCCCUCAAGAUUAUCAAACUUUAUUAAACAUCUUGGAAGUCUCCCAUGGUAUUAUAUUUCCUGAUGUAAACUCAAUCCAUUGGAUUAAAAUUAUCCCACAAAUCUCUCAUCUCAAUGGUAUUACACCGUCCAUAGCACGUUACUUGGCCAACCAAUCAGAUAAUAGAUUUUUAAUAUGGCCACUAGAAUUGUGUUUUGCUCAAAGACCCUUUGAUUCUCCACUUGAAACAAGUAGUGGUGUCUCGUCUUGGAAAUUUAAUCAAACUCAAGAAUUACACUCUACUUUCCAAAUAUUAGAUGAUUUCAUCAAUUUAAAACAAAGUUCAUCGUUACGAACUCCUGGAAGCACAAGUGGAGGUGGCUUUGGUAUAGGGACAAAUUUACCUAUGAGUUCAGGUGGUGGAUAUACAGAUCAAUUGCAACAUUUCUAUAAAAAUAUUAAUUCCACGGGGGCCAUCCCCAAUUCAAACACUCAAUCAGAAAAACAUAAAUUUUCUCCCAAUGAUUUAACCAAAUUUUCCCCACUAGAUCAACCCUUCCCCAAUUCUAAUGAACCAUUUCAUCCGGUGCUCUUAAAUACCCCCACUAAUGACUUAUUUAUGGAAAAUAAUAAUAAUAGAAAAUUAUCUUCCCCCAAUUAUACAGAAUUAUCUGAUAAAAAUAUUAGAUUAUCCACUGAUCAAUUCUCUACAGGCUCAAACCCAACUCCAAUAAAAAAUGAAGUCAUUCUUAAUGAUACAUUGGUAGAUCGAGAAUUAUUUGGUGACGAUGACGAUGAUGAUGAUGACGAAGAUUUGUUUGGAGAAUUAAAUGAUUCUUCGAAUGAUGAUAAUAACGUAACUGCAUUAAAACUAUCAACAAAAUCGAAUUCAGAUGAGGUCACAGAAGAAAUGUUUGAUAUGUCCGAUGAUGAAGAUAUUAGAACAUCUUCUAGUAAAAAAGAACAAUAUUGUUUAACAACAAACGAUAAUGCAAAAUUAACCAACACCAAAAAACAUGGAUUAAAGAGAAAAUAUUUAGAUAUCCCCAUAGAUGAAAUGACUUUACCAACAACGCCACUAUAUAUGGACCCGGGGGCACCUUUACCUGUAGAGACACCUAAGGAUCGUAAAAAAAGUGUCUUUGCACCAUUGAAUUUUAAUCCAAUCAUUGAAAGUAAUGUUGAUAAUAAAUAUAAAAACGGUGGUAAAUUCUCAUUUAGUCCUCAACAAAUUGAAGAAGCUUUAAAUUUCGAUAUUUCUACUGCCAAUAUUUCAAGUUCCGACGAUGACGAUGACGAUGACGAUGACGAUGACGAUGAUGAUGAUGAUGACGAGGUUAACGAUGUUAACGAUAAUUUAAAUAACUCUAUAGAUGAAGAUAUCCCAAUUGAUCAUUUCCCUGCAGAGACUCAAUUAUUAUCCUAUGCUCCUUUACAAGUUGUCCCUAAUGAACAGUUAACUUCAGAAUUGAUUAGAAAUAUCCCUCAACAACAAAUAAAUUUCCCUACAAAUGAGAUUCCAAAAGAUAAAGAUAAUAUGAACUCUAUAUGGAAAUUACCUCAAUACGAUAUUCAAAGAACUAUAUCACCUAUAAGGGGCGUUGAAAAUAGCAUUCCUCUAAACGAAAAUAUCAAUACAAACAAAACAUCAGCAAAUGAAGAUCAUCUAUUUGCUAAAAAUACAAUUGAUCAAGAUCAUCACACUACGUUGACUGAACCUGGCAGAAGAUCUGUUAGAAGUGAUUUAUCAAAUGAAAUUUCAAUGACAAAGGAUAAUAAUAAUAAUAUCACAACUGCCACUACUAAACAAGAUCAAGUUGUUUUGGAUGAUAAAGAUAAAUUACAAGAAUUUACUACGAAUUUCCCCUUCCUAUUAAGACAUUUACCCCUUUCAUCAAUGCCAUUGACCUUUUCUUGUUUCAAUCCACAAGUGAAAAUUAAUUUAAAACAUCAAAAUAUUUUAAAUUUAAUGGCUGAACAAAUAGUUUAUGAUUAUGAUAUGCUAAAUCAAUUAGGAGUGCCAAAUUACAAUUUUAAAUGUAUUGAAAAUGUUAAUGAAGGGUUAAUUAGUAAUACUUUAACAAAUAUUUUUAAUGAAUUUGAAAGAAUUGAUGGUAAUAAUUUAAUUUCUAAUAUUUAUUCCAUGAAACAACCUUCAGUUAUCGUUAAAAAACAUCACAGUACUGUCAAAAUCCGUGCAGAUUCUUAUGAAUUUGGUAAAUAUUUAAAUUUAAAACCUGCGAAUGGCUUAAAAAAUUUUAGAUUUUUAUUAUUAACUACAGAUUUUAAAGAUGAUUGUGCAUCUUUUGUUUCCACAUUUUGCCAAACUUAUAUUGGAUUUGAAUAUGGAUUUUGUGAACUUCCCAAAUUAACUAAUGAUCAUAUCCAAGGAUUAAUAGUUUUAAAAGAUUUAGAAGAACAAAAAUUAUUAUUAUUAGCGGCUCAAAUUGUCUCCUAUUGUUCUAAUAAUAAAGGUACAGGAAAUGAUGUUCCUUUGUUAAUUAUGCUACCCCUUUUCAAUAACACUUUAAUAGAAUUAGUGAGAAUGAUUUCCAAAUUCGAAAUUAUCCAAAAUGAGGUGAGGCUUAGGAUCCCAAAUGUUGAAAUAUUACUGAAAGUAAUUCCCAUAGAUUUCAUAAAGAGCCCUCUUACUUCAGUAGAUGAUUAUACCUCUUUAAGUAUUGGUAUUUAUAAUUUAUUACCUUCUAAAUCUACAAAAUUUGCCACAAUUGCUCCAUCGUUUGAAAAUAAAAUUAGUUUCUCUAAUUCAGUAGGGAAUCCCCACUCAACAAUUCAUUAUGACUCUUUUAUUCAUUUAGCUUAUGCAAGAAGUGUAGAUAAACGAUGGGUUUUUGCUGCAUUCUCAGAUUCAACAGGAUCAUUACAUACCAUUAGAACUUGGUAUGUGGGUACUUCAAAUACUAAAUUUGAUAGAGCUUGUGAUGAGAUUUGGCAAAUAGCUAUGCAAAUAGCCGUGACAAAAUAUGGCAGAAUUUGUAUGAUUCUAACAAGAUUAAAUAAUGUUCUACCUGAUGAUGAAUUAAUGAAUUGGCGCCAUUUAUCUUCAAGAAAUGUUCAUUUGGCUGUGGUUUGUGUAGAUAAUUCUUCUAGAAUUUCAUUUAUUGAUAAUGAUAAAUUCUGCCCAAGCUUUAAACCAUUGAUACACAAUCCUAAUCUAGAAAAGAAACUGAAUCCUAAAAAAUUGAAUGAUUAUGAAUUAAGAGAUAUAGAUCAAGAUGUUUAUUGUGCUAUUUUCGAAAAUUCUUUACCGUUAGCAAAUUCUCAGCAUAGAUGUGCAAUUAAAAGUGGUGCAUUAAUUAAGUUCGAUACACAUAAUAACAAGAAUGAUUCAGAAUCAAGAACUUGGGACACUUUUGAAGUUAAUCUACUAAAUUGUCCACAUUCAAACAGUACACAAUUAUUUGAAGCAAUUUUAGAAGAAUUCCGUAAUCUAUCUUCUUUAAAUACUUGGUUCAGUGUUUCAAAAGGUAAUAGAACCAACGUGCCAUGGCAUGUACUUGCAGUGGAAAAAAUGAUGAACACUAUGGUAUACACAGACGUAUUGAUUCCAGAAUAA